CUCCCUUAUCCCCCACCCCCUGGUGAGGUCAGGCGGAGGCUCUGCCGCUGCAGCCGCGGCAGCUCAGCUCCUAUUCCCAGGCAGCCUGGAAGAGGGACUUUGGCAAAUAACCGGAGCGGCGUUCGGGUUAGGUUCUGAGGCCUUGAGACGGAGUCUGAGCUCUACCCCAGCAUCCCUUGGUAUCCAGUUUUCAGACAGACUGCUGUCGGACGUCUCUGUUGUCGCGAUUUGGUCUGUUCAACUCUGAGAGGUGAUGGAUAUUCUACACAGAGGAGAAUUAGUUGCUGCGAUACUCCGCAACCGGAGACGGAGGCAAUUGUCUUUAAAACAAGCCGAUUUCAAGGAUUUAUUCAAAAAAUCAACUUCAGGAUCUCUUGUGGAAGAGGAAGACCAGCAUAUGAGACUGUCCUUUGGAUGCAGCAAAAUGGGGUUCUCUGCCCAUUUGCAUUCUUCCAAGGCAGGAAACACCCGCAUCUUUACCAGCAAUACCCACAGUUCUGUGGUGUUACAGGGUUUUGACCAGCUUCGCCUUGAUGGACUGCUAUGUGACGUGACCCUGAUGCCAGGUGAUACAGAUGAUGCCUACCCUGUGCACAGAGUCAUGAUGGCAUCUGCAAGUGACUACUUCAAAGCUAUGUUCACAGGUGGAAUGAAAGAACAAGAAUUAAUGUGCAUCAAGCUUCAUGGCGUGAGCAAAGUGGGUCUAAGGAAAAUUAUUGACUUCAUCUAUACUGCGAAACUCUCUCUCAACAUGGACACCCUUCAAGACACGCUGGAAGCUGCCAGCUUUCUUCAGAUUCUACCAGUUUUGGACUUCUGUAAAGUGUUCCUCAUAUCAGGGGUUAACUUGGAUAACUGUGUUGAAGUUGGACGCAUUGCCAACACCUACCAUCUGACAGAAGUGGAUAAAUAUGUCAACAGCUUCGUCUUGAAGAAUUUUUCCGCAUUGCUGAGCACUGGGGAGUUCCUGAAACUCCCCUUUGAGCGUCUUUCCUUUGCGCUUUCCAGCAACAGCCUUAAGCAUUGCUCUGAGCUAGAGCUCUUCAAAGCUACCUGUCGCUGGCUUCUCCUGGAAGAGCCCAGAAUGGACUGUGGCCCCAAGUUGAUGAAGAGCAUCCAAUUUCCGCUGAUGACACCACAGGAGCUCCUUAAUUACGUGCAAACGGUAGAUUUCAUGAGAACUGAUAAUACUUGUGUCAACUUGCUUCUGGAAGCCAGCAAUUACCAAAUGAUGCCGUUUAUGCAGCCGGUUAUGCAGUCAGACAGGACUGCCAUUCGGUCUGACACCACUCAUUUGGUUACACUCGGCGGAGUCCUGAGACAGCAGCUGGUUGUCAGUAAGGAAUUGCGCAUGUAUGAUGAAAAGACCCAGGAGUGGAAAUCUCUAGCCCCCAUGGAUGCCCCAAGAUACCAGCAUGGCAUUGCUGUCAUUGGCAAUUUUCUCUAUGUCGUUGGCGGGCAGAGCAAUUACGACACAAAAGGAAAAACGGCUGUCGAUACGGUGUUUAGAUUUGAUCCUCGCUACAACAAAUGGAUACAAGUUGCAUCUUUAAAUGAGAAGCGCACCUUCUUCCACCUCAGCGCUCUCAAAGGAUUUCUGUACGCAGUUGGAGGGCGAAACGCUGCUGGAGAAUUGCCUACAGUAGAAUGUUACAAUCCAAGAACAAACGAAUGGACCUAUGUUGCCAAAAUGAACGAACCUCACUAUGGCCAUGCUGGAACCGUGUAUGGAGGAGUCAUGUAUAUUUCAGGAGGCAUUACCCAUGACACUUUCCAAAAGGAGCUCAUGUGCUUUGACACUGAUACUGACAAGUGGACCCAGAAGGCACCAAUGACCACUGUCCGAGGCCUCCACUGCAUGUGUACAGUAGGAGAUAGGCUCUAUGUCAUUGGGGGUAACCAUUUCCGGGGAACCAGUGAUUAUGACGAUGUCCUGAGCUGUGAAUACUACUCACCUAUCCUUGACCAGUGGACCCCAAUCGCUGCCAUGUUAAGAGGGCAGAGUGAUGUUGGGGUCGCUGUCUUUCAGAAUAAGAUCUAUGUGGUUGGUGGAUAUUCGUGGAAUAAUCGCUGUAUGGUUGAGAUAGUGCAGAAAUAUGAUCCAGAGAAAGAUGAAUGGCAUAAGGUUUUCGACCUUCCGGAGUCCCUUGGGGGUAUUCGAGCUUGUACGCUCACAGUUUUUCCACCUGAGGAAACCACACCCUCACCUUCUAGAGAGUCCCCUCUUUCUGCACCCUGAUCAUCCUUCCAGUUAAAAUGCUAUAUUCCUCUCUUUGCAGUGUGUCACGAUUAUCUUCUCCC